AUGGAUAUCCAUUCAGCAUUCCAACUUUCAAAUUAUUGCGAAGAUAUUGGAAUGCAUGAAGAAGGCCUUAUAUUACUCAAAUACUCAGCGAUGAGGUAUCAUCCACAAGCUCCUCUUGCCUUAGCUGCCCUCGCUUUGCAAAAACAAAACACUCAAGAAGCACUUUACUGGUAUUCAAGAUGCGAAACUACAAGAACAAGCAAACAAUUAAUUCUUCGUGUUGCCAUGCUUCUUCUCGACUUCGGAACUUACGAGGCAUUCAUCGCCGAGAACCUUUUGAUACAAUUAGUUCCAAGCGGAAUGUCUGAAGCUCUCUAUUACUUAGGAUACCUGCAUAUGAAACAUCCAGGCGAUUUCAUAGGCAGUGACAGCCUCGUAAUCGAGUAUUUCACGCAAGCUGCAAAUAAUGGAAAUCUCCAAGCGAUGGAUACGCUCGGAAAGUGCUAUUUGAACGGUAUUUGCGUCGAAAAAGAUGUGGAAAAGGGAACAGAAUUACUCAAGAAGGCUGGAGAACUUGCAAUGAAGUUAAUUCAGGAAAAUCACGAAGAAAAUGAAAAUGAUGAAGAAAUAGAAGAGGAAGAAGUACCAGAAAAGAUAUCAAAGGCCAAGGAAUUGCUUAUUGACACAUCAAUAUCUCUUGGAAUUGCAGCUGCAGUUGGAUUUGGAACUGUGUUUUUAUUUAGAAAGUUUUUUGGAAAAUAG